UGCGAACCUUACGCCGAACCACCACCGACCGAGGAACGCGCGUCCGCCGCGAAUGCAUCGCGCAAGUGAAACGAAAGAGUGUAUGUUCUUUUUCCUAUUUCCUUCUUCGGUCGCCAGCGUAGUACUGCGCGGUGUCCAGUCCAGUGACGAAAGGUAAAUCUGCAUGCAACAAACAGCAUUAGCAGUCGGUAACAGUGCUAAACAACAAAAAAUUGAGUGAAAAACGAAAAAAACCCCAAACUCGGUGGUGCUCUGAAAUUAAAAAAAAAAAAGGUGCAAAGUGGAGGUUGUGUUGCUUUGCGGCAAACGAGAAAUUACGCCAAGAUCGCUAAGAUACGCCAACGCAGAGAGGCCGUACAUGCUUAACGCGUGGCAAACAGUGCACCAAAACCGAUCGAAGCAAACAGUGCAUUUUUAUCUCUGCCACGAUUGCCAUUUGUUUCAAGUGUUCGGCCACGUGUGGUCAGUGAGCAAACGGUGCGGCGAACAUACAUCGUUCGGCAAUUCGGGUUUGAAAAGCGCAGUGUACAGUGAGAAAAUAUAUCUUAAUCUCAAAGCCCACGAGCUGCUACAGCUUACCAAGUGCGGAGUGCAAUAAUAGUUUUUGCGUGCAAAAAGUGCCGUUCGCGUGAAGUGGCCCGCAACUGCGUCUUAGAAGCUUGUGAGAAAAAAAAGGUUGUGAUUAUAACGAUUGCUUAGAAUUAGCUCCCAAGUGUGUUCCUGUGACACGGCUGCAGCAAGUUUCCCGGUUCCAGGCCAGUAACUCCACCAACCCCACACAAAAAAAAAACACGAAACACGUCGUCGUAAAAUAUAUCGUCCGUUCCUGCCGCUGUACAGAGUGCCCGUUGCGGAAGAAGAUGUAGCUAGCUAGUCGGGAUGAUGGAGCAGAACAUUUUCGACGUAUCGGAUGACAUUUCCUUCCCGUGGCUGCCGGCGUACGGCGAGGCAACGGAAGCGAACCCCCUGAACGCGACCAGCAGCCGCAUGCUGGAGACGAUCGUCGAGGAAACGUCCGACGAUGACGAUGGGCGCGGCGACAAGGACCAGGGCGGUUCGCAGCAACCGCUCAGCUGGUCCCAGUACGAUCAGGUCUGGAGUUCGGGCGGCUCGGACGCGGAGUCGGUGAUACGGGUCGAAACGCCUUCCGAUCAAGACACAAUGUCGGAGCGCGACUUCAUCUGCCCACCGAAGCGUCGGAAGCAGGAGACGGCAUUGUUCGGCGACGAGUUCCUCGCUUCCGAUCUGUCCGCCAUGUACGGGCGGCGGCCGCGCAUCUGCGAACCGGACGGGCUCGAGCCGAAUGAAUAUUUCAUGAAGCGACACAAUGAACAAAGGUUACGAUUCGACGAGAUUGGACAUGAUCUAUUUACCGACUCGGAUAGUCUGUCGUACGCGUCGCUAAGCCGCUCCUCGUCGCUGAUCCAGUUCGAAUCGCUGGAACGCCAGCUGCAGAGCGAAACAUCGGCAAACCAGCACCAUCCCCUAUCCGGCUCGUCACCGUCGCUGUACACGUCAGAGUCGAGCGGCCCGGCCAGCCAUGCAGCAGGCGGGGUGGACCCAACCGGGCGAGGAAAAUCGUUGCCACCCGCCAUCGGCGCAGGGGUGCCGGUGCUGUCGGCAGCGGUCGGCAGCAAUCUGCUAACGACGUCGAACCUCAUGCAGAAGAGCAUCGGCCAGACGGCACUCAACAUCAGCGACUCGGAGCUCUACUCGACCUCCUCCAGUGUGAGCAGCAGCUGUGGCAGCGGCCCGGACAGCAGCAGUAACGCGAGCACCAGCACGGGCAGCAGUAGUAGCAGCAGUGGCUUCCGCUACACGGACACGAACCGGGCGGGUGUGGUGAAGCAGGAACAGACUGGGCGCGGUGCUGGUGGUGGUGCGACCACGCCGGAAGACGCCGGCGACACCGAGGAGGAGCUGCUGAGCGCCACCGUCCGGUGCCAUUCGGGCCGUUGCUCGGCGGAGCGGCAGCGACUGCAGCACGGCAGCCGCGGCAUUGCCGCCCGCAACAAGAACUCGAUCGAGAGCCUCAGCGAGGACAGCGGCUACUGUGACCAUCUGCAGCACGGCGGAGGCAGCAUGAACAGUGGUCUGCGCGCACGCUCCAAAAGCUUGACCAACUUCGGUUCGGCCGAGAACAUCACGUUCGUGUGCGGCACUGCCGGUGGUGGUGCACUGUUUCCGUCAACACUGUUGCCGGCGGGAGCGCUGUCGAUGACGCAGCAGCAACACGAACAGCAGCAACCGCUCAGCCUGGACUGUAUUGCGAUGGAGGUACGUGGCCAGGCCGGCACGUCGCUGUACCACGAGAACCGCCUGUCGACGGUCUGUGACGUGGAUGAGGAGGAGGAGGAGGACGAGGAGUACGAAUCCAAGUGUGACGAUGGAUGCAGCGCGGAUGCCAACUGCAUCAUCGGCCCCUCACGAACACCGGCAACAAUCGAACAGCAGCAGCAGCAGCAACACCAACUGUGGACGAAUAUUAAUAAUGGUACAAAAAUAGAGCGUGGCAGCGUUUCGUGUAAACAACGGACGGGCGAAACGCGUCAGCAGCAGGGUGGUGUGGAGUCGGCCACACGUACGGUGACAUCGAUGGCGUCGUCGUCGUCGUCGUCGUCGCGUUCGGAGUGUAAAAAUAGCACCCGAUGGCGACCGGCACUGUCCCUCAGUGCGCCCGAUCUGCUCGUCGGGGCGGCGGAACGGCACCGGCGGCGACCAGGGCGAUCGGGCAGCGAGCGGACCGGCACCUCGGCAGCGUCCGGCACGGUUGGCGGCCUGUACGAUCCGAUCAGUUUUACCGUGUCCAGCGUGCCCGAGUGUUUGCAUCUGUACGGUGGUGCGGCAGCAGCGAAUCGAUCGCGCCACGGCUCGUACAGUGACGGUGACAGCGCGUCCGGUGAGUUUGGCCGGCGGCACGCGCCCAGCGGCUACGGGUACGUCGAUUCGGUCGCCAGUCAGAACGUGAAUCUGUACGAUCUGCAACCGCGGCCGGCCAAGGGCGGCAAAACGGUAACGUUCCAAACCGGCGCUGGCAGUAGCCCGGCCCGGCCGAGGCAAAACAUACGGGCGAGCUACGCCAACCUUACCGCCCUCAACUACAGCGACGAGGACGAGGAGGACGGCCCAGUGUACGGCGGGCGCCGGGGGCAUGAGUACUAUCUGAGCCGCAACACGUUCCGGACGAGCAGCGGCACAAGACUCGGCGGGGCCAGCCGCACCACGACGGCGUACCAGCCGGUUGUACCGCAGCGCACGACGACACUGCUAACCGUGCCCGAUAUGGAGCACCGACAGCCGGUGGAGAAGAUGGAUGCGGCGGUGUUGCAGGAGGAGGAGGAGGAGCAGGAUCUUGCGGACGAUGAGGAAAGUGCGAUCUUCCCGGUGGAUCGGGACGAGCGGAGCGUGUUCCACUCGCUGCUGGAGGAGAUGUCGGCCCACUUUGACCGCAAUCUGUCCAUCAUCAACGAUCAGGCCGAGGCGUACGAGCCGAUCGCGGCCUUCCUGCACGAGCAGCGCACCACGGGCAGCUGUGGCGGGUCGCGACCACCUCCAGUCGUCGCGUCACCCAGCGUUAGCAAAACACCUCCGCAAGCUCCGCCGCGUCGAACGCAGAUCAAAACGAACCCACACCAUGCACCGCAGCAGGCCGGCAGCAGCAGCAGUCCGGCCGUGGUCCCAGCAGCAAGGCCGGUGGCGACAAACCCCGGCGUGACAGCGAGGCGACGAACGUUCGACCAGGACCCGACCAAUUUGGUCACCUGCUACGCCGCCAGCCUCGAGCGCUGUACGUUCGAUCCGACGGAAUCGUCCACCACCAGCCUCGGCCCGUCGACGGCUGAUCUGCAUACUAAUGAAGGUGUUGGUGUUGCGCUACCCGCCCGCUACGUGCCAGUUCCGGUGAAGCGUGAGUUUGUGGCCAGCACACCGAACCUGCACUACUACCACGGGGCGGUGAAUGGUGGGGAGGCUGGGGAAGAGACUCGCCAUCCCGAUCAUCACAACUCGCUGCGCAAUGUUUCGACCUGCCGGUCGACGGGAAGCAUUUUGGCGACGGCGUCCAGCUCGCGCUGUGGCCUGUCCAAAGGUGUUAGCUUCUGUCCGAUCGUUUCGGAGAUUAUCUGGAAGAGCACGGGCAGCUCCGAUCUGGAGCCGGACGAUAAUGGCAGCGUCAUCUCGAACCAGGACUUUGAGAUCGAUAUCGAUGAGGAUGAUUUCGAGGCGGACGAUAUGGAUCACGUGAACUAUCAGCUGGAAACGGGUGCCGGUUUGCAGCGAAAUGGUGUGCCAGAGCGGGAGCACACGAAAAGUGAUGGGCAGCUGUACCCUUCGACGCCCCUGCAGUCUAGGAAUAAGAGUGAAGGUGAACUGUAUGCGAUGAUCCGGGAAGAGGAGGUCAGUGGUGUGCAGCAUCCAGCAACAACGCUGAUCGUGAACGAUCGGCCAGAACCGACAGUGCGCCUGAACGGUGGUAGUGUUGGUGGUGCGGGUGUUGUUCCGAUGACCCCGAGUGAUAUAUCCAGUGCCGGCCAGCCGGCCCGGUUCAGUGCGAUGAGUGGCGGUGCCGGUGGUGGUGUAGUGGCGGCGGAAGAAGAGCGCAGAAAUGGCGCCGGCCCCCAGCCCAACAGUGCAAACGGCAAUGGUGCAAUGGCGAGUCGAAGCCUGAUCGCCAGUGAGAUGCGUUUAGUGAACAGUGUCGGUGACGGUGUGGGGGUCAAGGGUGGGUCCGCGGCCACGAUGCCCAACCAGUACAGUGUGAACAUGACCAACAACAACAACAACAACAACAACAGCAGCCUGAUAAAGAACUUCAAAAAUGGCAAGGCGGAAAAGAAGGGCAAAACCUUCCUGUCCCGCAUCUCGUCCGGCUUUCGGUUUUCCUUCCGCAACAAAUCGAAGAAAGCGAUGGCUGUCGGUGGUGCUGGUGCUGGUGGUGGUAUGCUGAAGCAAUCGUCCAGCUUUACUGCACCGAGCAACAACAACAACAACAACAACCACCACAUCAGCGCCAAGAAUGGCCGGGGCGGCGGAUCGGCCUCGAACAGUGGGAAGGAGAACGUGUCGGCCGACUUUAUCUUCAUCCCGCUGAAGGAUCGCCGCCCGAACCAGCCGAGGGCGGACGAGCCGCCCACCUAUCUGCAGCGCCAGAUAAGUGCGGCCGGCGUGACGGUGGACGACAGCUUCACCGGGGCGGAGGACGAGCCGGACGAUUGUGAGAUAGCGGUGACGCGGCCGGGCGGCAGCAGCUACUACCGAUCGGGCUCCAGCACCGCCCUGCACGGGGAGGGCAGCGGUCCGGAGCAGCACCGGGGUGGCAACCACGUGUUGAGCAGCAAGCCGCCGCUACCGAAGCAACCGCCGCGCGUUGUCGGUGUGUGUGCGAAGCGGUCCAGCGCCUCGCCGGCCAAGCACGCACAUGCGCCGCGCGGCUCGCCGACGCCACCGCCGAGGGAAGCCGAACAGGACGAGCUCGACACGUCCGCCGUGCCGUACGGAGCCCAGCGCCGGAGCCCAUCGCAGCCGCAUCAGUACGCGACGGCGAACGGUUCGUACGGGUGUGCCUCCUCCGCGUCGUACUACCGGGACGGUCCGGACACGGUCAGCAUCGACGGCGGGUACGAGGACGAGUACUACUACGGGGCGGGCGGCGGUGCGGGGCUGGUGCACCAGCGCGGCAGCACCAUGGGCAGCGAGCAGAAGAUCGGUCUCAUCGAGACGAACCUGGACACGCACGAGACCAUCAUCUCGGGCAAGACGCGCUCGCUGAUGGAGCUGGGCGGUGGUCAGCACUAUCGGGGCGUCUACCAUCACCUGCAGCAGCAGCACCAGCACCAGCAGCCGCACCACCACCACCACCAGAACCAGUCGGCGGUGCACGGCCAUCAGCUGCAGGUGCACAACGAUCCGGCCCAACCGAAUGGCGCACCGGAUCACCACAGCCAUCAUCACAGACAGCCGGGCGGUGGCGAUGGGCCCGGCCGUCCCCACAAGAGCAUGGAGUUCCUGCUGGACAAGGAGAACCAACGGAACGUUCUGCCGCCGGAAAAUGAGCUACAGAAGUCACACGAAACGGGCACCAACCUGAGCGAGCAUCAGCUGCGCGUGCAGGCCUCCCUGCAGCGGCUGAACAUCCCCGACUGGUACAAGCAAUACUCGGGCAAGGAUGGUCCGGGCAGCGCGACGCCGGCCGGACCGAUCACGGCCGCCGGUACCGCCGGCGCAAGCACCGGCACCGGCGGCGGCGGCAUACUGCGCAAGCGCAACAGCGACGUCGGACGGUGGACCGGGCUGAGCUCGAAGACCACUUCGCUCAGCUCGCUCGGAUCGCACCGGUCGGACCGUAGUCCAGUGAUGCUGAGCCCCUCCGCACACAGCCACCACGGUCAGACCGGCUUCUCCCGAUGGUCCACGUCCCACCUGAACUCGAACCAGACGUCCCCGAGCGUGUCGACGCGCGGCUCGUUCACCCGGGGCGGCCUGAACGCGAGCGUCAUCUCCGGCUACUCGACCGCGUCCGCCGCGACCGGUGCGAACCACGGCAACGGCAGCAGCACGAUCCGGAACUCCUUCCGCCAGCCGUACCUGGGUUGGCGCAGCCAGGAGAAGCUGUCGCAACCGCGCACGCCCGCGGAACGAUUGGCAUCUUCACUGCUGCAACAGCAGCAAGGCUCGAGCAAACAGAAGGACCACCAGCAGCAGCAGCAACAGUCAAAUGAGCAGAAGGGCAAGCAGCAGCAGCAGCAGAAGGACGAGUCCGUCGUCACGCCGGAAAUUCAAUCCUCCAUCAUAGAAGUCACGUCAGCGAUUGUACAUUAUGUAAAUGACCAAACAAAUCGACACUCACGCAGUAGAUCGACUAGUCCAAGCCAAAGAUGUUGGCUAGAAAGUUCGUUUGUUGGUACCCGGCCCCUCGAUUCCCCCCAGACGCCGCUGAUCGAGAACAGUUCCGUUCUUGGAUCCGGCCACCAGCAGCAGCAGCAUCAGCAGCACCAGCAUCAACAGCAGCAGCAGCAACCGCAUACGGCCGGUGACCAUUAUCGGUUUAAUGCUGGCCGGAUGAAUGGCGUCGGGGGAGCCGGAGCGGCGGUGCCAACGUUCUCGCUACCGGCCGAGCAUCAGUCGCCCGGAUCGGCCACCCUCGAGGAUGUGCUCGCCUCGUUGCUCGGCUUGCCAGCCGAUUCACACAGGUCCUCAGCAAGAGUAGCUAAUGCCUGUCUCACGCCAACAGCGCCCAACAGCAGUAACCAAACGCUGCAGAUCGAACCGAUGCAGACGCGCCGCCGAAGCGAAGGUGAUGCGGCCGGCACCCGCAAGCGCAACGACAGCGGCGGCUCGAUGGCGAUCAGCAGCACCGCCACCACCACGACGACAACGAGCGGCAGUACCAACCAGAGCGGCCGGCACAACCACCAUCACCAACAGCAACAGCAAGGGCAGCAACAACCAGCGUCCAAGGGCGAUCUGCUCGGGGCCGGACUGGACGCACGGAUCGCCCGGCGCGUGUCGCUCGACUCAGCAGAGGCGGCCGGCCACGGGCACUACCUCAAGUGCCGGUACCCGCGGUGCGACGCCACCGCCACCCUCGCCGAGGCCCGCAAAACCUUCAAGAGCUGCCACAACUGUUCCCAUCUGUACUGCUCGCGCGAGUGCCGCCGGGCGCACUGGGAGCGGCACCGGAAGGCCUGCCUGCACUCGCGGGUGUCCGCCCUGUGCCGGCUGGUGCUGUCCACGUGCAAGGACGACGCGGACACGCUCCGCCACCUGAGCGUGCUCGCGCGCCGGGGCUACUUGUCGCAGGGGCGAGGUGUUGUUAGAAUACUGUUCCGCAGCCCGGAGCGGGCCGACUCGUUCAUCAAGCAGGGCUUCCAGUGCCUGGGCGAGGUGUCGUACGUGCGCUGGCCGGACCUGCUGCCGGCCGAGAUGGGACCGGAGCUGUACUCGGAGCUGCUGAAGCUCAGCACCGAGUACAAGCCCGACUCGAAGAUGCUGCUCUACGUCGCGAUCUGCGUGGUGUCGGAGGCGCCCGGCAGCGCGACGGCCCCGGUCAAGUGGGAGCGGCAGCUGGUGUCGCGGUGCGCGAAGCUGAAGCUGUGCCGCACGGUCGUGAGCGAGAUCGCGAGCGGACCGGGGGCUGGGGAGCGGCCGGGCCCGCGCCCCGAUACGGUCGGCGAUGUGCUCGUGCUGUCGUUCAACAUCCUGUCCAAGACGACGCAGCGGGCCCGGGAGCAGGUGUCGCUGAACGUGCAGACCGUCCUGCGCCAGCGGGGCGUCAAUCUGCGCAAACACUACCCGGAGGUGUACCAGCGGCUGGCCACCUUUGUGGAGGGCAGCACCGAUCGCUUCCUGCCAGUGACGCUGCACCCCCGGGACACCGCUACCGGGCGGUCGUUCGUGUGCAUCGUCAUGCCGAACUACGGCGACACGGAGCGGGUCCAGUUUCCGGUGUCGGAAAACGGGGACGAUCGGGUCGUGACGGUGGACGUCGGGGCGGAUCUGGGGGACGAUCUUACCAGCAAGCUUUAAUCCAGGAGGGUGUGGGAAUGUUUUCUCCAGGGUGGGGAAGAAUGUGUGCGUAAAGCAUUUUUCUUUCGUUAUUCAUUAACACAUACAGGUAAAAGUGCUGCCGAGGGCGCACGCAUGGUUGAAUAUUCAGUUUUAGUACACUUUUUAGUACAUCUCUUAGUAUACGUUGGAAUACACAGAGACAGGCAGACACACAAACAUAUCCUUAGUAUAUCCGACAGGAGUGGGCUGGUAGAUUGGAGCAGCCUCUUGGAUGAGAAGUUGUCGUUAGCAAUAUCCAGUUUAGUCCUCUACAGUGCUCCUCGUUCGUGGGAAAGCAAUAGGAGGCGUUUGGUUUAUAACGAACACUUCCAGGAUUGCAAUAUGCUAUGGUUAGUGCGUAUUAUGUUUGUUGGGCUUUGUUUUCACAACGGUGAGUAGGUAAAUGAUGCUACAUGAGUAAGCUCCUGCUGCGUCAAACAGCUAGAAUAAAUCCCCAAAACGCCCCUUUAGAUAGUAGAACAAAAUACCAAAAGUGGAUAGUAUUAGUACAUAGUAAUCUUCCUCUCUUUACUAAACGCCAAAUAAUAACACACCACGUACGACUUUUAUACCUGUAGCAGGAGCAUUAGGAUAUUGACAUGAACUUCUGUAGCUUAAAUGAAUAUUGCCCUCAAAGAACUACUUUAGUACACUAAUUGUACUUAACUCCAACAAAAACUCCAACUAAAUCUAAAACAAUAAUUUCCCAUUUUCUUCUUCCGCUUAAGUGAGCCAUCUAAGCUGCCACGUCUGUUUUGGCUUUGCUGUUUUUUUCUUUCUAAUCGUACUUGUCUCUUUUCGUUUGUUCUGUCUCUAUUGAAGUCCUUUGUAAGUUACUACCGUAGUUACUAAAAAAAAGUUACUAAAUAAUGGUAAAAAGUACACAGAAAUAGUUUAAAUUAGACAAAAGUGGAGAGUGAAAACAAAUCAGUUUUGGGAUCAAUUUCCAAAAUGUUCAUCUAUGUGUGUUCUAGUAUGAUUAGGUGAAUGGAAGUUGGAAGCAAAGAGUGUAAAAAUCUCCACCAGAGUGGAAUUGUCCACCAUCUUUGGUAUUCUUUGAGCGAGCAACAGCGAACCAAUUUAUUCAAAAUUUAUGUUUUUCAAUGGAGUCUUGAAUAUAUUCAAUUUUAAUUUAUUUAUAUUUCUUCAAUAGAUGAGAGUGGUUCUGUAUGUUAGUUGACUCAUUUUUGGUAUAUAUGGACAGCUAAGCUAUAUCUGUCAGUCUCGUUUAAGAAUCUCCCAAAAGUGCCUGAAACAUAGGCACGUUUUAGCGUUUCAGUAUUGCUGGAUAAGCUUUUGUUAUAUUAGUCAAUUUCCUAUCACAUUGGUCAAUUGUAUGAUGGGUAUUUAGUUUCCAAUGACUUCAAAUAUCUUUGCUGUUUGUUUAUAUCUCAAACUUGUCAUCUGCUUCUUCGAAAAAUCCAUAGUCGUAAGGCGUUGGAGUCCUUUUUUCCAACAUUCUGAAGUCUACGUCCAACGCAAAAAUCAAGGUUUAUAAAUCUUUAGCAUACAUAGUCUCACUUUACUCCAUUUGAUUCUUGAUAUCCACAUUACAGCCUGUCAAUUAGGGAAGAUACUUAAGAGCUAUUGAAAAUAGCUCAGAACAGAAGUUUGAAAAUGCCCCUACAAAAGUGAGACAUCAAAAGGACAGCAAAAAUUGUUGUAUUAAGUUUGAGGUUCUCGAUCAUAAAUAAUCUUUCAAUGUUAACUUUAGAUGUUGAAAUACAGUCUUCCCCGAAUUACGCGACACUCUAGUUACGCAAAUUUUUGAUUUUGACAUUUCAUACGUCAAAUCAAUACAAUUUUUGCCAACUAUUGCCAAAAUGCAAUAUAAUUUGAACUAUUGUUGAAUGUUAGAAAUCGCUAAAACCAUAGCAAUUAAUCUAAUCUUCUAUCUUCUUCUUCUGUUUAACGUAACGUCCUACGAAGAUAUGCCAUGGUCUAUUAUUGGCUUGGACCUAUGACUCCACGACGGACAUGUUAUUGAGUCGUUAGAGUUGCUGACUAUACCACGGAACCACCCCUAAUCUUUAAUAGGAUUUGUAUUAAAUUUGUAUUAUAUGCGCAAUUUAGUGCAUGAAAGCACUACUUGCAAUCAAAAAUAACCAUUUAGCAACGAUAUUUUGGCUGAAAAACGUAAUAUUUGAUAUACGCGAAAAUCUGAGAUACGUCUUUGGAACGCAUUAUCGCGUAACUCGGGGAAAGACUGCAUCCAAGAUAAGUCGUUCUGAGACAUCUAACGACUAAAGAUAUCUGUACCCCUUGAAUACAUCCAAAGAUGAGAUAAUCAGCCUCUAACUGACUUCCUUGUUUCAUGAGGAUUAAAGAAGCAAACACCAAAGAUCUUGAUGAUUGCAUAAUAAACUGAAACAAUAUGCUACAAGUAAUUUUGUCGAAACGAUCCUAUUUGACACGAUUCUGAAUUUAUACAUUGAUUUCAGACAAUCCUCCCAUUUACUCACACUGCGCACACUUUUCUCUUUAGACCUCUCUCCAGUGCGUAAGAAUCGGCUCCUGUUUGAAGUCUUUUGCAAGACGUCUUUAGUUUGAUGUUUCAUGUUUGAUAUUAAUCUCGUAUAUUGACUUGAGCGCUACUGACGACAUUGUAAGACGCACGAUCAAGCUCGUACAUCGGAACACUCGCAUGUAUAGAGUAGCGUCGUUUAAGGAUGCGUUUGGUUUGGUUUUGUUUCCUCUGCCCUCCAUUCCCGGUUUUGCACAACCCUUCAUUAUUCUCUCGCAUUCAAAACAAACAUAAACACACUUCCCUGAACGCGAUCACUUGCUAUUCCAACAACACUUCCCGCACGGCGACCUAAGUAAGUUCCUCUUUCAUACAGAGUCCCCAAUAUCCUGCCGAGAGGGAAACCUCUUCGUACAGCUUACUCUUUCCAAUCAGCCAAGUAUUUACUGUGUAUAAUGUUGUAAUGAAUCUCAUUGCACCUACGUGGUGGUGUACGGGGUGGACAACUGCCGCACCGAGUCAUGGCAUGGCGUCUCGCGGUUCAGUCGCCCAGUCGGUAAAGUGAUCACUACACUACAAGCAACCAACAACACAACGUGACCGGCGUGCUUUCGACGUGCAGCAAUGGUAUGGAUGGGAACAGUGCAGCAGCCAGCGUCAGUCGGCGAGGAAGGUAGUGUCAGUAGGGCUCGACACGGAGACGCACCAAAUACGCCUUGUACGCCUUUGCUACAUCACCACAAAUGGACGAUUUCACUGGAAAGAAAGGAUUCUAUGAUGAUGUGAGGGAACCGUUCAGACGAGGCAAUUUAAUAGUAAUGACCUGAGAAGAGCAUUGUUCCUUACCAGAA